AUGCUUUAUGACAUACCAUCUAACUUCUAUGAUAUCCUUGACAAUAAGUAUCAGGAAGCCGUAAAGAAUGAAGAUAUUAUGUUUAAUGGCGGAUCGGCCAUCAAUAAGUUAGAACAACAAAAGAUCGGCGAUUCCACAUUCAACUAUCAGAUUACUUUGCUUACUUCGCUUAUGCAUAGACCAGAAAAGGGAUCCAAAGAGAAGAAUCCUUUUGAGAAACCGGAAAAAGAAUUAACCAUAUUAGACACAUUUGGACCAGAUGACGAAUUCAAGAUUGUGUUCAACAAAUUUCCCGUUGUUCCAAGACAUUUCAUGAUGAUUACAAGAGAAUUCAAGUCCCAAGAUACUCCAUUAUCACCUUCAGAGCUAAUUGGGAUCUACACACUUCUCAGCAAGGUGAAGAAUGAAUCGAAGGAAAACUGGUUUGCGUUUUAUAAUUCUGGGCCCCAAAGUGGUGCAUCUCAGCCUCAUAAGCACAUUCAAUUUAUGACUUUACCAGAUGGCUACAAGGCAUUCGGGGAAGAAUUGGCAUACACAUCUGGACCAUUCAUUCCGAACCAGAAAAAUGAACCUUUACAAAACAAGGACUUGCCGUUUGCCCAUUUUACUGCUCGUCUUCCUCCCAAUGAACUGGACCUUCAACACGAAGACUUAACAAUGUACUUUGUAUCUUUAUUGCAACGCUGUUUAACCGUACUGAAACAAAAUGGUGCGGAACACAUUUCUUACAGUUUCAUAAUGACUACAGACUACAUGAUGCUUGUUCCUAGAUCAAAUGGCGUCUACAAGAACACCAUUGGGAUUAACUCCUGUGGAUAUGUAGGGUUAUUUUUGUGCAAAAAUGAAGAAACACAAUCUUUAGUCAAGAGUGAUGGCCCUCUUACCAUUCUCGAAGAAUGUGGUUUUCCUAAUACCUCGGGGGAUGCUGUUGACGAAUACCAUUAUUGA